GGUGACGCUCUCUGCCAACCCGGAGCACAACCCUGCAACGGGGAGGCACACGUUGACUUGAGUCUAACGACUCCCAUCUCGUCAUCAUUUGUAACCAUAGAGCAUGAAUUACCUCUUGAAGUCAUCAGUGAGAAUUUACGACUGGUCAACAAAAGCACGUGAUUCUCAAACGCACCCCCACCCCCAUAUUUGGCCGCAUACAUAGCAAAAACGAAGUACAGUGCAUUGCUAUAAUUCAUUAAUACAUCAUAAAUCGUGAAGCACAGCGUUAUAACGACCAAGAUCUACAAAUCAAGCCCUCUAAAACAACCUAAAUGAGCUCUUACUUUGUAAACUCGUUCUCAGGGCGCUACCCAAAUGGCCCCGACUAUCAGUUACUAAAUUAUGGAACUAGCAGCAGCGCUAUGAACGCCUCGUACAGGGACUCCGGCACCAUGCAUUCGGGCUCGUACGGCUACAACUACAAUGGGAUGGACCUGACCGUCAAUCGUUCAUCCAAUACGGGCCACUUUGGGGCUGUUGGGGAUAACUCCCGGGGUUUCCAGUCUCCCGCUCCGGAGACGCGGUUCAGGCAGCCGUCAAGCUGCUCGCUGGCGUCCCCGGAGCCGCUGCCGUGCUCCAACAGCGAGAGUCUGGGACCCAAAUGCUCCUCGCCCCCUUCCGACCAGAGCGCCUGCACGACGGGCAGUAACCUCACCAACACCACACAUUUCACUGAAAUAGACGAGGUGAGCGCUUCCUCCGAGACCGAGGAGGGCACCCAUAGAGCCAGCGCCAACCCCGCCGCCCGGACGCAGCAGAAGCAAGAGUCCACAGCAACCUCCACCACCACGGCAUCGAGCGAUGGCCAAGCACCACAGAUAUUCCCUUGGAUGCGGAAACUGCACAUUAGCCAUGAUAUGACUGGACCGGACGGCAAAAGGGCCCGAACAGCAUACACUCGCUAUCAGACGCUAGAGCUGGAAAAGGAGUUCCAUUUCAAUAGGUACCUUACCCGGAGGAGGAGAAUAGAGAUAGCCCACGCGCUGUGCCUCUCAGAACGGCAAAUAAAGAUCUGGUUCCAAAACCGAAGGAUGAAAUGGAAAAAGGACAAUAAACUGAAGAGCAUGAGUCUGGCUACUGCAGGUAACGCUUUCCAGCCAUAGACGUCACGCAAGUAAAUAAUACACUACGUGGGGUGAAAAGAAUACACACAUUCAAAAUAGUUUUUAAAAACACUAUAACUGAGUACUGUACAGCGCGGCAUCUUUUGGCAUGUUGUUGAUGUUUUAGGGCAACUUAACUUAUACUGUGGUACUGCUUCUAUAAAAACAGUUCAUAUUCAUAUUCCUAUGUUGUUGUCUUUUUAACACAACGGUGAUUAUUGUUUGGAGGGGGGGAAAAGAAAAAUAGCUAUCAAUGCCGCCCGUUGUUAUUGUUAUAAAUAUCGUUUAUGUGUCAAGUGCUAUGUUACUGCUUUCUUGAAAGUUGGCAUGUGAGCUCUUAAAUGUUAUAACUUAUUUACAAACUAUAACGAACAUACUUUACGAGUUUACAUCUUUAGAGACUCCUCUGCCCAAACAUGAAGUUAAGCUAUUUUAGACAGGCCCCUGUAUUGCUUUAGCAGGAGUCACGGUGUGUUAUAUAUGAUCACCUUCAUGUUUUCAUACCAUUGUUUGAAUCAUUUCUUUGGAUUAUUGUGUCAUGUGUUUAAAUUACUCAUUUAUUUUUUGAAAAAAGGGAAACUUGUAUAUACAAAAUCGUGACUAGAAUUCCCGUAUCCGUUCAUACGUGUGUGUAUAGUUAUAUUCCAAAUGUAAUUGUAUAUUAUUGGAUCAUGCUUAUGUUCCAGAAAGGAUGUAUAUAUUAGACAUUUUUCAUGUGACCAAUUGGCUAUUUGUAUUGGGCAGAGUGAAUGACAAGUGUGUGGGGGAAAAUGACAAUUGUCAUGUCGGACUGCCUGUAAGCAUUCUGCCAAUAAGCUUUUUGUAUUUGUUUGUAGCUUACCUUGGAGUACAAAAUAAAGUUCCUCAUACUCAGACCAAA